AUGGCACCCGUACAGAAGAAGACCCAGGUCACACACAAGUUCACCAUCGAUGCUACUCAGCCAGCAAACGACAAAGUCUUUGACGUUGCUGCAUUCGAGAAGUUCUUGAACGACCGCGUCAAGGUUGACGGCCGUACUGGCAACCUCGGUGACAUUGUCAAAAUCUCCCGCGAGGGUGAGGGCAAGAUCCAGGUGGUUGCCCACGGACCUUUCUCUGGUAGGUACCUCAAGUACCUCACCAAGAAGUUCCUCAAGAAGCACCAGCUCCGUGAUUGGCUCCGUGUCGUGGCUACCUCCAAGGGUACCUACACCCUCAAGUUCUACAAUGUCCAAAUGGACGGCGAGGACGCAGAGGAGGAUGACGAGUAA